AUGUUUGCAGUGAGUCGAUUAUUGAGUGUAGGUCUUCGAACGGCCCUGCCACAGUUGCAAAAAAAUGUGAAAAGUUUACAAAGUCUGGUAACUCCUUUGCUGUCCAUCGAACCAACAGUGUUGAACACGUCACGGAAGGCGUCGAAAUUCCUCACGCUCACCGUGAAACGACCGCAAGGCCAAAAAAAUAAAAGAGACACAAAAGAGAUCAACGCGGUACCCAACGAUGUUGAUCUGCAUCUGACAGCUAAUCUGACCAUACUAGACAGGACGGAGAUUGAAACAAAAUUGAGUACUGAGCAGUUCCACGGCCGCGAUCAAUUAGAUGUGACCUACACGUGCCCAAAAUGUGAUACAAUCAAUCAGCAUACCGUAGGCAAAUAUGCCUAUGAGAACACCCUCAUCAUUAUUCGAUGCACUGGCUGCGAAGAUCAUCAAGUCCUUGCCGAUCAUGACGGAACGUUUAAACCUGGAAAAUGUGAAAGUGGGGCAGGUCAAUUUUGGGUAGAGUGGAUAAUGCAUGAUAAGUAUCCGCAGUACACUCCCAAAGAAUUUAAAGAUGUUUUUGACUAG